AGGGCCUCCACAACACACAAAAAUCCUUAAAUCGACACACACACCUAGUACAAAAGUAUUGUGUCCUUUCUCACCAUUCCACUGUAUAACACAAAACAUAGGGUGCUACUUUCUACACCCCCCCUAUUUACUUUUUUCACCCCCCUUCUCUCACAUACUUACAGGUGGGGCCUGCGUGGGACCGACAGUUUUCCUUUCACAAGGGGGGGUGUAAUCAGGAAGGAGGGGGGGUGUGUAUAGAAUGGGCCCAAAACAUAACCAACAUUUCACACACACUCAAAGGUGCUUCUAUGUGAGAGAGAAAGUAACAAAAUCCCAAUCUUUUAUUACAUAUUUCUGCAUAAACCCCCCUUAUUACACAACCAAAUCUUUAUUAUCUGUAGCAUGGCAACUGUUCAUCAUCUCCACCAUCUUCAUCUUUCUAACAUAUUCAUCAUCAUUUUUUGUUUAAUUUCUCAACCAACACCCUCAAUUUCAUCAAAAAACACAAUCUUGCCCCUCAAGGUUCAAUCAAUUCCAUCUGGGCCCUUCACAAAACCAGCAAAGAAACUAUCUUUUCACCACAAUGUUUCUCUAACAAUCACCCUCACCGUCGGGUCACCGGCUCAGCCGGUCACCAUGGUCUUGGACACCGGUAGCGAGCUCUCAUGGCUACACUGUAAAAAAACACCAACCACCCCUUUAUCGUACGACCCAUUACAUUCUACCUCGUACACCCCUGUCCCAUGUUCCUCACCAAUUUGCAUGACCCGAACCCGAGACUUCACCGUACCCGCUUCUUGCGACCCCAAAAAACUCUGUCACGCCACCCUCUCCUACGCCGACGCCACCUCCGUCGACGGCAAUCUCGCCUCCGACACAUUCCGGUUCCCGGUUUCAGAUUCGAGUUCGGACCUACCCGGAGUUAUAUUCGGUUGCAUGGAUACGUAUUCAAAUUCUAACCAACCGGAGGAUUUGUUAUCAACCGGGUUAAUUGGUAUGAACCGGGGGUCUUUAUCUUUUAUUAAUCAAAUGGGUUACCCGAAAUUCUCGUAUUGCAUUACGGGUCAGGACAAUACGGGCGUGUUAAUUUUAGGAGAAUAUAAUUACACGCCGUUAACUUACACGCCCAUGGUUAAAAUCUCAAAGCCGUUACCGUAUUUCGACCGGGUUGCAUAUACGGUUCAGCUUGAAGGAAUAAAGGUUUCGGGUACAGUUUUACCGUUACCCAAAUCCAUAUUUGAACCCGACCAUACCGGAGCGGGUCAAACCAUGAUAGAUACGGGUACCCAGUUUACGUUCCUUCUUGGGCCGGUUUACACCGCUUUGAGAAACGAGUUUUUGAAACAGACCCGGAAUGUGUUACGGGUGUAUGAGGAUCCGAACUUUGUGUUUCAAGGUGUGAUGGAUCUUUGUUACCGGGUUGAGAAAAGUCGAGUCGGGUUGCCUGUUUUGCCUAGUGUGAGUUUGAUGUUUCGGGGCGGUGAAAUGGUUGUUUCGGGUCAGAAGUUAUUAAUUAAGGCGGGUUUAAUGAAGGGUAUUGAUGACAUAUAUUGCUUUACGUUUGGGAAUUCAGAUUUGUUAGGGAUUGAAGCGUAUGUGAUCGGGCAUCACCAUCAACAAGAUAUGUGGAUGGAGUUUGAUCUUAAGAAUAAUCGGGUCGGGUUUGCUGAGGUUAGGUGUGAUUCUGCUAGUCAAAAGCUUGGAAUUGACUUGUAAAAGGACCCGACCAAGAUUCACAAGGGGCUUAUUUCUUAUGUCAUAACAACUUAUUGCUUGAUGUUUGAUUAGUUUAAUUCAUUAGAGUUUUUUUCUAUAAACAUCAUAAACGUGACUUGACCCAACCUAUAAACUUUAGAUUACAAGUAUAUGUUGUAUUUAGUGAUGGGUAUCAUGGAAAUAAAACUAUUAUUUUUUUGUUU